AUGCAUAUCAAGAAAGUUAUACCAUUGUCUAUAUUUGCUUUGCAUGCACUUGCAUCUCGCUCAAUUACGGGGUCGGUAUCUAUUGAUGACAAAGCCAUCCAUUUUGGAGAAAUAGACACUCAGGAAGUCAAGGUAUUGCCUAUCGAGUCGGCAAAGGAUAGCAUUAAAAUUCAUUUAAAAGACAAUGCUCUUGACAAAACCCUUACUCCUGAGCAAAUAAUGUUUACUUUGGCCGAUGCAGAAAAACCAUCUACCCUGACCCACUUUGUCCCCGUGGUUAAGGAUAAUAGUAUUGACCUUGUUAUUCCCGCUGCUACAAUUCCAGAUAUACUAAAGUCAAAAAACACCCUAGUUUUGAGCCUUACUAUAGCUGAUUCUAAAAAGGAACUAAAUUUGGUGAAAAGAUUGCUUGAGCUCAAACCAUCCUCAGAGUUGCAAAGCGCAAGUAAGUACACGAAAAAAAACUUAGAUUUUGGCCUUCAGCCUGAAAUACACCAUAUCUUUAGAGAAGAUGAAAAAACCGUUAAUCCAGUAGUUCCUAUUGUAUUCAUUGCUGCUUCAUCAGUUAUUUUUUUGGCAUUAAUAGCUUCGUGGGUGGGCUUUAUAGGCGUGAAUGAAAUGUUCAAAACAUUAAAAACAACGUCUUCGCGUCAAUUGCUUCAAAACAUUUGCUUUUUAUUGUCACUUCUUGGUUUUGAAAUCAAUUUCGUGCAAUACUAUCUUGGCCAAUCAAUAUUCACAACUUUAUUAUGCGGAUUUAUUUUGAGUUUUCCUUGCUUAAACUUUGGUCGAUCUGUAUCAAGAGCAUUGGCUAGAAAUCGCGCUUUGGGAAAACAAUAG